AUGGUGGCCAUGUCUCAAAAGGAAGGCGUCACUGAGAGGAGGAGUUCUCCGUCCCCGACUCUGGAAAAGGUCCCGUUUGAAGAUCCAGUUUAUGGCGAUGAUGACCAGGAUGGCGCCCAGUCCGUCAUGCAGCCCGCACUGAGUGUUGCUGCCACUCGACUCACACUACCCCAAACAUCCAAAGCCGAGAAGGCUGCUGCGUUGGAAAGGGAGAGGAAGUCAUCCGGACUCUUUCUGCCUGGUCUUGCCAGCAGUGACGAUUCGGCUAGCUCGCCAGAACUAACGCCCUUUCCCGACGAGAUCCCUACCAAUUUCGAGACUGAGUCGGAUAUCCCCAUUUCGCCAGCGCCGCCUCGCAGACGAGAAUCUCAAAAGCUCCAAAAAACAAGGCCGGCACCGAAGGACCUACCCUCGCCAUGGCAGUCAAGUCCAAGGAGCAUGAUAUUCGGUGGUGGGGACGGUGAAGCGCCCAAGAGCGCCCUCGAAUCUGUGUCCUUCGGUCAAUCCCGGCAUAAACGCUCAUCCUCGGCGGGUGCUGAUGCGCUGAAGAAGUUUUCGAAUGCGUUCUCUUCAUUCCCGGCCCCUUCAGCAAUUUUCAACUCCUUAUCCUUCUUCACUGCGGCUGCAGAGAAGGCGGAUCCGAGGUCGACUGAUCAGCGGAAAUCCCAACUGGUUCAGAAUGGGAGGCCGUACAACAACACGCCUGCCAUGUCCAGCGGUGCCAACGGGCUUCCUCGUGCGCAAACAAUGGCCCAUGAGGCAUCCGGUAACCGCCCUUCCGUAUCAUCGGGAAGACCUUCUACCACAAGGCCCCGCGUUUUGAGGAGAGUCACAUCUGACGACUCGCUGCUAUACCACUCUCUCUCCCGCACAUCGUCUAUCGGGGAUGAUGAUGGUAGGUUUGACCAUGUCAGAGAAAUGGCCAAUGUAAGAAUGAAGGCAAUUAAAGACAGUCUACCCGAAAGACCGACGUUUAAAAUGCCGAGCUUACCCAAACUCGGGUCGUCACUCAGACUGAACGAAGACGCAACGGGCAAGGCUAUCCCCGAGGCUCCGGCACCAAAAUCUGACAACGAUGGACUCUCAACUCUAGACAGAGUGCUGGAGACGUUGACCGGGGAUAUUGUGAUUCUCGGCGGUUACCGCGGUUCGAUUUUACGAUCAGCAGAGCCUCCGCACCACCAACUAUGGGCUCCAGUCAAAAUCGGCCUCAAUAUGAGGAAGGCGGAUUUGGAGGUCGGCCUCGAUCCCGAAGACGAAGAGUCUAUGGAAGAGCGCAUUAUUCCAUCAGGCAUGCUCCAAAAUAUUGGCCCCAUUGAUAUCUCCAGGAAGCUGUUCAAGAAAAUUGCCGCCUGCGAAAACGUUCGGAAAGGAAAAUUACGUCUGCAUGAUUACGGCUACGACUGGAGACUGAGUCCUCAUCUACUGUCACGCAAGAUGGUGGAGUUCUUGGAAAAGUUGCCGUGCAAUCAGGGGGAUUCGAAAGAGCCCAGAGGCGCUCUUGUUUUAGCCCACAGUCUCGGCGGUCUCAUCACCCGCCACGUCGUCAACCAGAGACCGGAUCUUUUCUCGGGUGUCGUCUACGUUGGUACACCUCAGCGGUGCAUCAACGUCCUAGGACCUCUGAGAGACGGCGAUGCAGUCCUCCUCAACGAGAAAAUAUUGACUGCACAGGUCAAUUUCUCAUUAAGGACGUCCUUCGUCUUUCUGCCCGACGACGGCUUCUGCUUCGUCAACAAGGACACGAAGGAGGAGUACAAAGUCGACUUCCACGACGUGAAUGAAUGGAUCAAAUAUCGCCUCUCGCCAUGCAUUGAGCCUCCUUUGCCCCCGCUGGUACCAAAGGAGAAGUCGACAACGUUGAGCUCUCUUCUCUCGGUUCGCAGUCGCAGCUCAAGCGAGAAGAAACAGAGUCACGUUUUGCCGCCAUCAAUAGCCGACGCAGCCCGGAGAGUAGAACAGGUUCGUGAAGGAAGCAUCAACCCACAAAUAGACGGCAACAAACCGUCACCAUUCACCAAGGGAGCACUCAACGCACCAACGCCCCCCAACCGCGCCAGAAACAUCGCCUACCUAGAGCGUACCUUGGCCGAGAUCAAGCGGUUCCGUCAAGAAACACAAUUCAACCCAGUUCUAUCAGAGGCCAACGCAUAUCCUCCUCUCGGAAUCAUCUACGGCAAGGAAGUCCCCACCGUUUACGCUGUCAAGGUCAGCAGCCGCGAGGCCAUCGCUCAUGCACAAGCCUACGACGACCUCAUCUUCCGUGCCGGCGACGGUGUGGUUCUCGCACGUGAGGCGCAGCUGCCAGAGGGGUACGAGCUGGUGCGUGGCGGGCGUGUUAGCACCGAGCGCGGACACUUGACCAUGCUCGGUGACAUGCCCGCCAUAGGCAAGGCGUUGGAGGCUGUGAUUCGGGGGCGAAGGAAAGGAAUCGGCAUGGGAAACGUCGCGAAAGAAGGUGUCGAGACGGACCAAAAGGGGGGUGUCACUAAAGCCUAG